AAUAAAAUAUUCCCCUUCUGUCAUUUUGUAAAAUUCUGUAAAAACCAAAAUCGUGUCUGUCAAACACAAAAAAAUUUUGUUUCCACUUCUGCUCUUGAAAUAGCAAAUGACAAAAGACUUUCGCAAAGUUGGCUAAUAGCAACAAAGACUUUGUGAGUAGAAUUUUAUUCUUCUGAUGAUUGAAACCCGUCUCUCUCGUUACGAAUAUCUUGUCUGGAUUUCUAAUACUAAAAUGUAAACAUCUACUUAUGUUUGGGGAAAGAUCGACUUUUUUUUGCGUUUCGAAAUAAAACCGGUGGAUCCACUCAGAAAAAAGCGACUGACGAAGACAAGUAUUAACAAUGAAUACACGUGAUUCCAUUAGGGAGAGAACAAAAUUACCGAAGACUAAUGAUUCAUCUAUAAUAAAGGUUUCCCUUCAACGUGAUUUGUGCGUUAAGAAAGAAAGCACGAAAAACACCAUACGAACUCCAAAACCAAUAAAAAAUGCCCAUUUGGUGAUGUACGACGAUGAUCCUAUCUCCCCUGAAGAACGCUUAGCAUACCACUCUAAUGAGAGUUCAUUGGAUGAAGCACAUAUUUCCGUCAAUGUCCUUGAGGCCUACGGAUGUGAGGUACCUGACAACAACUCAAUCGAAGAGCUCUUCAAAGCAAAAAUUCAGAAGGAAAAAUUCAGCUCAGAAAAGUCGAAAUUCACAGGGGCAAGGGGUGGCCAAAAAUGUCAAAGACUUGCGAAAGAAGUGUUCUCCAAGAACGUCCUGAUGAGAACAAUCUUGGGAAAGCAACUGGAAUCCAUGAACCUGGGUUCAUCCACCCAUUCCACCUCCGGUAAGGAUCAUGAUUCAGAUGGUAAGGCCAACAGUAUCGAAUAUGUGGAAAUGCCAGACGAUCCCGAUGUUUUACUUCGCCCCGGAAUGAUGGGUAAAGGUAUCGUUGAGGAUAAGCCCGUUGAUGAUGUAUAUCGAUUUGCCCAUCGCGGUGCUAAACAAACCAUAACAUCCAGGCGGUAUUUAAUGGACAACAUCGAUGAUGAUGAUUUUAUAUUCAAAAAGAAACAAUGAUUUUUCCUCUUCCAAAAGCGUACAAAUUCCCACAUAAACGAUUCUCAUAUUUACGAUUAUAUAUAAAUGUACCAUAGACAAUUUUUUGAGUAUUAAUUACCGAAUAGUUUUAAUUACCAAAAAUAAUCACAGAUUGCAUCUCAUUGGCCUCAAGAUCGUGAUACCCUGUUUUAACACCAUUAAAGACUGAUUGUAGUGUUUAGUAUCCGAACGAAGAUUGAACUCAUUAAUAUUUUUUUUCUAUUUUACUCGUAGGUAUUUGAUUAGCAGCGGGAUUUUCCGUCAUUCUCGAGCAUUUAUACCACAAUCACUCGAUCAUUUUUUUUUUUCAAUAAAGUAUUUCAUUCAUCACUGGAAAUACGAUGUGAAACUCAGAUUCUUCAUUUUUACAUUCAAAGAUAUCAAUCAUUUAUGUAUUAAUUUACGUGACAGUUAUUCACUGAAGGAAAUCUGAAAA